UAAAAUAUGAAAAUAUAUGUAAGCAUUUAUGUGUGCGAUUAUAUUUUAUAUUUUUAAUAGUUUUAAUUCUUUUACGUAUGUUACAAAUUCUCAAAUAAACAGUUCUGCAUAUUCGGGAGUGUUUCUGAUAACGUUUGAAAGUGCCGCUUGCAAAAAAUGGCGGGAAAGUCUGUACAUACAUAUACUUAUGCGUUUUCUCCUAUUUUCUGACACAAGUCACAUAAUUUCACAUUUACAAGAAUUCGAUUUGCGAACGUAUGUAAUAAAUAAUAUAUCUAACAUUAUACGUCAUAAUUUUUUUCGAUGACAUUUCUACCCUUUCCUGAAAACAAAUAUGGCGGACAAGGCCGUACUUGCGGAUCGAUCGAGGUAUUCGAGGUUAUCGUUUCUCACCGCGGCGGCGAUUGUCAGUCACAACACCUUAUCGGAUGUCUUAUCAAGGUGUGCAAAGUGCGACGUUAAGGAUGACCGAACGAGCGUUCGCGAGACAUGACUUCAAUAUAAUUAAUAUGUCAGAAUUAUGAGCACGUGCAUGUGAGCGGACUCGAGGGCAAACGCGAAAAUGGCGAAGAUACAGUGGUCCCUGGCGACCUUGGCGAAGGCGCCAAGCAUUCUUCGGGUUAGUUUAAAGCGGCGGUGGUGGCGGUUACAAAUUGUCUUCAGAUCCCUGUUCUACAAUGACUUCUUGAAUUGGAGUUACGCUUGUGAUAUACUUAUGGAACCCAUGUUCUGGUUUGUCGAGAACUUCACCUCCUUUUUGGGUCCGGUGUUCCUGGUGAUGGUGAGCCUGCUGACCUUGAGCAUUGUGUACAUUGCGUACUACUUGGGCCUACCCUGGUGGUGGGAACGAAGUCCAUCGAUGACGAUAAUCUUAUUGAUAGUCGGGAACUGGCUGCUGGUUAAUGUCUGCUUUCAUUAUUAUAUGGGCGUGGCUGUGCCAGCGGGUAAUCCACCUCAGGGAGGCCUUAUCCCGGAGGCUGUGAGCAUUUGCAAGAAAUGCAUCAAGCCAAAGCCACCCAGAACACAUCACUGUUCUGUCUGCAACAAAUGUAUCCUCAAGAUGGAUCAUCAUUGUCCAUGGUUAAACAAUUGCGUCGGCCACUACAAUCAUCGGCACUUCUUCCUAUAUAUGGUUUAUACCGUAGUUGGCGUUACGUUUAUCAUGAUAUUCGGUAUACGACUUGCCUACGAGGAGUUCUUCCCUGACCAGGAACCGGAAUUGGACGGCCAUCCGGUGCGCCUCAAUAAUUCGGAAAUAAUCCCAAUGACAGAAUCGUUAGAUCACUUGAGCAAAGAGGAGCUGGCAGAAAUAGCAAAACAGGCGGCAGAAACUGAGGCCAAAGAAUGGCGACAAAGACUGAUAAUUUUCGCGGGUUUGAUCUGUGUCGCCACAUUUGCGGCGCUGGGUGCCCUAGCCUGGUGGCACGCAGGUCUCAUCACCCGGGGGGAGACAAGCAUUGAGGCGCACAUCAAUAGCGCGGAAUCAAAGAAGUAUCGAGCCCAGAAUAAGUUCUAUCAGAAUCCGUACGACUUCGGGCCCAGAGAGAACUGGAGAUUGUUCUUAGGAAUAAAAAAUAGAAACUGGUGGCAUAUCUUAUUUCCAUCGACUCAUGGCCCUUACGGCGACGGGCUUACGUGGCGAACUAUUCAUGAUAGCAAAAUCUCUUGAUUUUUUUAAGUUUAGAAGGUCAAUGUCAGUCCCACAUUCUAUAAUUUAUACCUCUUCGCGAUUUCUCUUUUCUUACGUUCCAAUAUUCUAGUCAGAAUCGCAGACUGUUCAACUGCACUACCAUAGUUAAUUGAAGUGGCAUAUGUACAAUUAACCAUUUGCAAUUGUCUAAUUCUCUCGACUAUGUAAUUGGAGCGAGUCAACUUUUUCUGAAAUUGCAAAAUUAUUCUUACAUGGUAAAUGGACAUCAUGUUAUAAAAUAAUGAGAAAAUAGAAAAAAUUUUUGCAAAUGCCAUAAAUUUCUUAGUCUUCAAUUAAUUUGACUGACUAGUUAUUUGAUAACUAAUUGUGUAAGACUUGAUUUUAGCCAAAUACAAUUUAAUAAAGGAUGUU